GAAAAUGCUGGAAUACCACUGACUGUUGAAUUUAAUAUUAUGAAUUCAAUAGCACAGUAGCCGAGAGCACAGAAUAAAUUGAAGCAUUUUACCAAAAUAGUAUUAUUUUUAAUCUGUUCCAUCCUUAUGUUUAUUCCAGAACGCACCAGUAACAUUCCCCAGAGGAAACUAUAUGAGGUUUUUUGUAGGUCUCGAAUACCAAACCUGUGGAAAUACAAUGACCCAUUUAAUUAAGUACAUGUAAAAUGAAUUUUAAAACAGAAAAUUUUAAAGAAUAUUUUUGUCAUUCUGAGCACUAUUACUUAUCUAUGGUGUGCAUAGGAAAUUUCUAAAACUAAACUAUUAGAAAGUGCCGUGAAGUGGACCUCUAUACGAACCUUAUAGUUUGACACAUCAUGAUAACUCUGUGAGAUUUCGUUCGUUGUCGAGAUUAAAGUAUUUCAAUAAUUUAUGCCUGUUGGGUCAACCGGUGCUCUAAAUCCAACAAACUGAUAGUCCUGUUAUUCACAUUACUGUUGUUUAUUAGAUACAUAGCAUUGAUAGAUUCUAAUUUGGUUUAGAACUGUUGAAAAGUGUUACAUCCCAACACAAUUACAUUUCGUGGUUGUAAAUUGUUAAUUUACCAAUAAAUAUGACUGAAAGUUCGCCGGAUGAACCAAGUUCAAAUAGAAAGGACUUCAUUUGCGGUGUUGUUGAAGGCUUUUACGGACGCCCGUGGACUACUGAACAAAGAAAAGAUUUGUUUCAAAAGUUAAAGAAAUGGGGCAUGGACAUGUACGUUUACGCGCCGAAAGACGAUUACAAGCACCGCGCGUACUGGCGGGAGCUCUACACGGUGGAGGAGGCUGAACAUCUGACGUCACUAAUCUCCGCGGCGAAGGCCCAGGGCAUCAUAUUCUGUUAUGCAUUGUCCCCAGGACUUGAUAUCACGUAUAGCAGUCAGAAGGAGAUUACAACCUUGAAGAGGAAGUUGGAACAGGUGUCACAGUUCGGCUGCACUUGUUUCGCGCUGCUGUUUGAUGAUAUUGAGCCAGAGAUGAGUGAAGCAGACAAACAGAUAUUCCAAAGCUUUGCUCAUGCACAAGUGUCGAUCACCAACGAGAUCCAGCAGCACCUGUCGCGGCCGCGCUUCCUGCUGUGUCCCACGCAGUACUGCAGCACGCGCGCGGUGCCCGCCGUCAGCAGCUCCGAGUACCUCAACACGCUCGGGACCAAGCUCGACCAGCAGAUUGAUAUCAUGUGGACCGGACCGAAAGUGAUAUCGAAGACGUUAACAACAGAGUGUAUCGAGGAAAUCACGCAGGUGUUGCGACGACCUCCUGUCAUCUGGGACAACCUGCACGCCAACGAUUACGACCAGAAACGAAUCUUUUUGGGUCCAUACUGCGGGCGCUCCCCCGAGCUGAUCCCGCUGCUGCGCGGCGUGCUCACGAACCCCAACUGCGAGUACAACGCCAACAUGAUCCCCAUCUGGACGCUCGCGCACUGGGCCAGCUGCAGUCUGGACGCGCCGCAACAUAUGGAGGCGGUGUCGUGGGACAUAAAGCUGGAGCGCGAGAGCGAGCAGGGCGUGUGCGAGGACGACGCGCCGCUGCCGCUCGCCGCGCAUGUCUACCAUCACCGACACGCGCUCCGACAGGCCAUCAAUGAGUGGUUGCCGGAGUUCUCAAUCCCUAAGACUGCUCAGGGCCCUGUUAUCAAGCCACAACCAACCAUCACAGUGCCACCAGUCCCGAUCAUCCCGAUCCUGCCGUCCGUGAACACGUGCAUGUCCCUGAUGACGGCGACGUGCAACACGUCGACCACCUCCACGGCGGACAUGGGCCCGUCCAUCCCGACGGUCAACACCAGCCAGCUGCAGGCGCUCGCCGACGUAUGCUCGGCUAGUAUAGACAGACCGAUAUUAUCUACGAGAGUAUCCCCAAUAGAGACCUUCAACCCGGUUCCCAACCCCGUAAUGAAUUCACUCGUUUCACCCACAAAGGUCAUCCUAAACGAGUCUAUACCCAACCCUAUAAUACCUAUAGCAAGUUCCAACAUGUCUCUACCAUCUGAAAUCCCCGUUUCAACCCUCCCCGUGCCUAUAUUGGGGUUGAAAGCGUUGGAGGAGAAUGGGAAGGCGAUGGAAAAGGAUGUUAGUGAGGUGUUGCUAGGCAACGUGUUGGAGGGGAAAGAUGAUGAUAAUGAUCAGAUCAUUGUGGACGAUGUGGAGUCGCAGAGUGAGGAGCAGCCGAAGAAUGGUGAUAUGAGUAUUGGGGACACCCCCCAGACGCUCAGCCCGAGCCGGCCGUCCAUACCGGAGAUAGGCGUGGAGCCGCUGGACGUGGACCCUCCCUCCGCGCCAGCCACCGACUCCGAUGUCGUCAUGAACGAUGGCAUGAGCGAGAAUGGUUCCAUGCAAGUUGAACCGAGCCACAGUCCGCUAAGUACGGACAUGAUGGUGGAAUCAGCUGAGCCUGCGGACGUCGUCGACGAACCAGUAGACACGGAAGAAGAGUCGAUAGACUCUAACGCGCUCGUAGCGGACGACUUGCUGCUACUGUGUGACCUGUUCUACUUGCCGUUCGAACACGGGUCGCGCGGACUGCGGCUGUUGCACGACUUCAACUGGCUGACGAUGCACGCGGCCAGCAUGCUGCCUAGAGGGAGCAAGCCUGAGACGAGCGAGUGGCGCCGGCGCCGCAGCCGCUUCGCGUGGUGGCUGUCGCGCACGCGGCGCCUGGCGCGGCGCCUGGCGGCCGCGCGCAACCGCGAGCUGCACGCCGAGCUGCAGCCCUACGUGUGGGAGCUCUGCGCAGUGCUCGCGCUGCUCGACGGCUUCCUGCGGUGGCUGGAACUCGGCAAAUAUCCUCAAAAUAUAGCAGCGAAUACACAAGGAAGUUAUACAUGGUUCUCAAAAGGCUGGCGCGAGGCCUUUGAGAGCGGCUGCCAAGAGCCGUGGGUGUUCCGUGGCGGUUUGACAGCGGACCUACGGCGUCUGAUACCCGUAGAGUGUACGAGCGACGCGCUGCGGACACUACCACCGCCUACCGUGUUGCCGCUCACUGUGAGGCCUUAUACUACAGCCGACGAGGAAGCGGUAUGUCUAAUUUGCCACAAGACGUGUCGGGAUGGCUCUGACUGCAGUGACUUGUUCCCGAGUGACUUACAGACAUUGCCGGCUGAUAGGCUAGUGGCACCGUUCCUGACCCUAGUCCCCGAGUUGUGCAUGGUCAUAGAAGACGACGAGGAGUGUGUGCCGCGCGACAUCAGCCCUGAUGGAGACGAGGACAUCGAGAAGAGGACGAACGAACCUAGGAUUAACGGCAUGAAACCCGAAAUCGUGGGAUAUGCGUGUGCAGUACUGAACAGCAAGGAAUUCUACAAGAAGCAGGAGGUGGCGUGGAUACCGGAGAUGUGCACGAAGUACCCGGAACAGCUGACGGAGAGGCACGACCUGAGUCAGGCGGCCAAGGAGUGCGUCCGCCACUUCCACCAGUUCAGCGUGUGUGAGCGAGCCCCGGACAGCGUGACCCGCUCGCACCCCGCCCUGCUGACCUGCUGCGUGCUGGCCGGCUGCCGCGACCCGCUGGCGCCCGCGCGCCUGCUCACCUGCCUGCUGGCCGCGCUCAGGGCACACGGCGCGAGCGGCGUGCACGCGUGCAUUAACGCGACCGACCACUACCUGCACCAGUUCUACAGCAAGCUGGGCUUCGCCGAGCUGCAGCGGGGCGCGGGCGGCCGCGUGUACCUCGCGCGCGCCUUCUAGCGCCCGCCCGC